AUAGAUACAGUGGGGUUUUCCUUCUGGAUUAACUUUCAUAGCCUUUCUAAAAUAAAUUAAUUCUGAUCCCAAAUGAGUUUUUUAGUACUUAAUGACAAAUGAGUUAUUCAGUCCUUAAUGAACCCCUGCAAUGCUUAAAAUUAAAGGGUUGGCAGGAUCAAAGCCAUAGAUUGUGUAGAUGGCAACUGCCUCUCAUAUAACCUGAGAGACAAGAUGGGUGAGAUGAUAUCUUUUAAUAGAUUAGUCUCUGUUGGUGAGAGAAAAGCUUUUGGGCUACAUAACCUGUCACCUCUCCUUGCAGUCCCUCAGUAUUUCCUGCCAUUUCUGAUCGUAGCUUCCCACCGUCAUUUAAAUAAAUCAGCAACGUUUUCUGAGCCCCCUUUCUCCCAGCAGGACAGUGGGGUCUUGCCGCCUAUUAAAUCAGAACCAAGGCCAGUAGCAAUUUUGCCGGAAUGGUGGGUCCUACUUUCCCCAGCCCUCUGGAGGCUGCAGGGAGCGUUUCCGACCGUGGGUGGCGCAGCAGAGCUUCUCCCCAAACCUGGAGGUAGGUGGAGGAGGAAGCAGCCGCCGCUGUCGCUUUGAAAGCCUAGAAAGACAGCACAAUGCUUCGGCUGGGGAGAGCUGCAGCUGGGUGCAGGGCGCUCGCUGCGCCGCACCCCGGCGGGGCCGGGGGCCACAGCAAGAGAUCCUCGUCCGGGGGGAAGGAGAUCCUGGUCAACGUGCACGGCGGGGAAAGCAGCGGAAUUGCUGAAAUCCUGAUGAACAGAGCCCAUGCCAAAAAUUCACUGGGAAAAGUACUUGUUAAUGAACUAUUCAGAGCUCUAGAAAGUCUCCGUUGUGAUGAAAGGAUCCGUGUGGUAGUUUUUAAAAGUGAAGUAAAAGGCGUGUUUUGUGCAGGUGCUGACUUAAAGGAGCGGGCACAAAUGAAUGAUACUGAAGUUGGACACUUUGUUCACAGGCUGAGAAGUUUAAUGGAUGAAAUUGCUGCACUGCCUGUGCCCACAAUAGCUGCAAUAGAAGGCUAUGCAUUGGGUGGGGGAUUGGAAUUGGCAUUAGCAUGUGAUCUUCGAAUAGCAGCUUCAUCAGCUAAAAUGGGCCUGAUUGAGACCACGAGAGGACUUCUUCCUGGUGCAGGUGGAACCCAACGCCUGCCCCGCUGUAUUGGAAUAGGUCUUGCUAAGGAACUCAUUUUCACUGGCAGACAGAUUGAUGGACAACAAGCACUCUCAAUAGGAUUAGUAAACCACACAGUGCCACAGAAUGAUGAAGGGGAUGCUGCUUACCAGAGAGCAUUAACCUUAGCUAAAGAAAUUGUUCCUCAGGCUCCCAUAGCUGUGAAAAUGGGUAAACGGGCAAUAAACAGAGGGAUAGAGGUGGAUAUUGCAUCGGGGAUGGCUAUUGAGGGAAUGUGUUAUGCACAGGAUUCCUAUGAAUGCUAGAUGGACUCCUGCACCUACCUUAGACCCUAACUUGGUCAUCUUACUGAAUAAGAAUUGCAUGUUUUACUAAAUUUAGCUAUAUGUACCCACAUACGCAAGUUCUAGCAUAGGCCCUUGCAUUGUGAUGGUUUGGGGCUGGUUGAGUUGGACACUAGAUUGCUGUUGCGCUGUAUGUAUUUUCUGGUUAGGUUGAAAAAAAUAUUUCAGGAGCAUGCAAGACCUUCUCUUCCAGUGGAAUAUUUUCCUUGUAUCCUCAGUUAUUUUGGGCUUAUGGAUCUUACUAUACGUCAUGGAGGACAGGUCCCUUAAAUUCAAUGGCAUUGUCCAGUGGACUGCAUCUGGUACUCAUGUGCUGGGCCCUACACUGAAUGUUAUUUAACCUUUUACCUUUUCCUCUCUGUAAGAUGUGGCAGUUGACAUCCUUACUUCUGAGAUGUUGAUUUAAUAUCCAUAAAAGCUUUUACAUCUAAGUAUAUUGACAGUGAUUUUAAUUCAGUAUUGGCUGCCUAACUUUACAAAAGAAACUGCUUUUUUAUUUUAAUGCAGAAUAUUCCUACAAGAGACCGCCAGGAAGGGAUGGCUGCAUUCAGAGAGAAACGUCCACCCCAGUUUAUUGGGGAAUAGCCCUCCAAGGAUUUCCUUAUUCCAGGGCAUGAUUCUUUAGGAAGUAAAAUGGAGAUGCAGAACCGUAAACUUAUUGAAAUUGUUAAAUAUUGAAUUCUAUAAGCUUAAUUCUUUGCCAUGGUCACUGCUACAUUCCUGGACACUCCAUAGGAGACAGUUUUACAAGGAUAAUUAAGGUAUUGAAUAGUUUCAUUAACAAAAAAAACAAGGCUUUUUAGACUGGUAAGGCUAUGAAUGACUAAAGUCAUAUGAAAACUGGGAUUGUACACUAAGCUGUCAGGAGAGAGAGCCCUUUGCUACAGGUCCAAAUCCAAAAACAGGUUCACAGUGAAUGAAAGACCAGUACAAUGGUCCAGCUGAAAGAAUUUGAUCUCUGUUCAUUUGAAGUGGGCACUAUAUCUGCUUGUAAUUACAACAGAAACUUAUUUGGCCUAGUACAUGUAGGUGUUCAGGCCUGAAAGGGAAAGCAUAUACUGUUAUUCAUCAUGGGAUCUUGCCUAAAUUAAUUUCAGAACUCAUUAUCAAUUUUUGGAAUGCAAAGUUAUUUUAUGUUUCCUCUUUUUGUAUUGUAUGUAAACCACAAAUAAACUCUGUGCCUU